GCGCACCAAGGUGCUGGGUGAGGAGCACCCUGGCACCAUCAGCUCCAUCAGUAACCUGGCCAGCUGCAUCUAUGCCCAAGGCAAGUACAGCGAGGCAGAGCCCAUGUACAGGCGGGCGCUGGAGCUGCACACCAAGGUGCUGGGCGCAGAGCACCCUGACACCAUCAGCUCCAUCAAUAACCUGGCCAGCUGCAUCAAGGGCCAAGGCAAGUACAGCGAGGCAGAGCCCAUGUUCAGGCAGGCGCUGGAGCUGCGCACCAAGGUGCUGGGUGAGGAGCACCCUGGCACCAUCAGCUCCAUCAGUAACCUGGCCAGCUGCAUCAAGGGCCAAGGCAAGUACAGCGAGGCAGAGCCCAUGUACAGGCGGGCACUGGAGCUGCACACCAAGGUGCUGGGCGCAGAGUCACCCUGACACAAAAGUGCCUGGAUGCUACUAAGAAGUGAGUGUGGUAGAUAGCAGUUGGGCUUCGGUCUAAGUAAUGGUUCGUAAGAGAUUGGGCUUGAGGUGCACAAAGGCCCUUCUGCAUAUGUCCUUCUGCUGCAGUUGCUGUUCUAGCUGGUGACUGACCUUACGGGUUACAAUCCGUUGCAUCCUAUGGUAAAGUCAGAAAAGAUGCUGGCCUAGUUGAUCUCUGGGCCGAGAAGACAAGGACGUUUGGCUACAGGCAGUGACUUAGUGGCUUUGCCACGGCUAAAGGCUGACACUGGGGGAUGAUGGUAUGAUGUACCUAAUAUAUAAGGUUGUGUGUACAGAUGACGCCUUCUUGCUAGGGUCCUUGCAUCGCGCCUUGGGCUGGACCUAGCCGACGUGAUAACUUGUAGCAGUUAGUGUUCUUUUGGGAGGUUAACUGGUUCAGUUCCCCGAUGAUACUGGAGGGUGUUAAGUUGGCAUGGCGCGGUAGGGGCUUUCCGACAGCACACGGAGAUGUUUGCCAGGGUGUUGGGUCGCCACUUGAAUUUAGGCAAAGCAGAGCUUUUGCCCAUUGGGGUUCCGUCAGGUACUGUGGGGCAGCAGGUUGUUCAGGGUGUGUCAGUGGUUUGUACGGCAGUGACUACUCUUAAUGUGCCUUUUAUUAACGUGGAUACGGCUCCAUGCCUUGACUGGAGCAAAAAAUUCCUAGCUGUGGAGAGCCGCUUACAGAAGUUGGCUGGUCUUCACCCUUUCCAUUUCUGUUAAGGCUAGCUACCAGCGCAGCUGCAUAUGCUCUGCAAACAGCCAUUUGGCACAUGGAGCAUUCAGGCCUGCCACCGGGUGCUCAGUUGAAUAAUUCAGGGAAGCGGACUGUUAGCAGCAUAGGCACCAGGGUCCACAGGAUAGGCAUGCUAUGGGUGGUCCGGGUAGGCUGUUAGCUGGGCACCCCAGGGCAAGUGGUUUUGGUGCCUUGCACUUAAAUGAGCAUGUCAGGGCUCGCUUUGCUGGUUGGGGUGCCUGUUUUGUUUGUUGAGCUGCGCUGCCAAGGGGCUCUUUGCAUCCCUGGUAGCGUGCUUUGAUGUUGUUCCUUCGGUGUUUGCAUCCGGGCUUUGGUCCCCUAGCACUUUUGAUGGUGACCAGGGCGGGGCCUUGAAUGGGGGUGGAUAGCUCGCCAGAGGAUAUUCGUUGUUUAGUGACUUCUAUAGCGGUUCUACCACCUGUUGCUGACAUAGGGUCGGAUCCUUUGGUACUGGGGAGCUGGUAUUGGGGUGUUCCUUUGUGUGUGGGGUUGACAGGUCAGUCAGGUGUAUACCCAGUCCUAAUUCAUAGCCAUGCCCUUUGUUCCUUGGUAAUGGGUGUGGCUGCUUUGGCUCAACAGGUUUGAGGACAGGUUUAUUUGAGGACAGUUUUGAGGACAUGUGGAUUUGAGUGUUGUUGCAUGGUGUGUCAAGUGAUAAUGAUGUGAUGCUGGUCUGUACUAGUACGUCGGUGUUUUGACCCAGCUUCUUCUGCUCCCUGUGCUCUUUGUUACCUGCCUAGGUGUUGUGAUCUCCUGCUGUCGCUUGAGACCUUGUUGACUGAAGUGCCUGUGGCUUGGGUGGUGGCUGCGGAGGUGUUUCUUGUUGACGACUUGCCACCCAUCCUCCAUUGGCUAUUGAGAAUGCUUGGCAGGUUUUGGUUCCCCG